CUCCGCUACAGCGGUGGCGGGGACGACGAGGGUAAGAGAUGACGCCAGUCCCCUAUACAGCGACUGUAUACCCUGAAGUAACGCAGCCAUCAGGAUUGGCGGAUGCGCCGAUGUUGACUGCAGCAGCUGUAGUUGUCGGCUCGUUCACGGCUGUCGGCGAGUCGUUCACUGCUGAUCCUAGUAUAGGGCCACGUGGUUGUUUGUCAAUGCGAACGGUUCAUUCGAGGGAGAGCAGACAACAGCAUAAGUCAGGCCGGAGAAUGCUUUGAUACUCAGAGCAUGAUCAAGACCAGAUUGAGGCGGACGUCAAGUUCGCGGGCGCGGUCGUAUGCCAAACCAAUUUUUAAGUUAAAGCUUGGAGUGUACAGCUUUCGAAGAGCCGCGGAAGCCGAAAUACCGUUGUUGCUUCA